AUGCUGUCCAAGAGAAACCUGAGAGUGUUCGUUUUCACAGGAGUGCUCCUCGUGUUGAUAUACUUUAUCAUCCAAAAUGCGCACACUACUGUGACUUCGGGAAACAGCUCCUUGAGCGGUCAGACAGCCAGCGGGGCGGUGAUCCACAGCAAGGGAAAUCACAAGUCAAGUGGGGAGGUAGACCCAAGUGUUGACAAGGAAAUCCAGGAGAUAAAAAAUGAGGUUGGGAUCAAAGGAGAUGACGGAGCUUCGUCCGGCACAGACUUCACCCAGGAGAAGGAGUUUGAUCCUGCCAAAGAAUACCAGUAUAUCCUCGCCAACAGGCCUAUGAUUGUUUUCUCCAAAUCGCGCUGUCCGUUCAGCAAGAAACUCAAGGACCUGCUAGCGAAAGAGUUUGAGUUCAGCCCCAGCUACAUGGUUGUCGAGCUCGACAAGCACGAGCAUGGCGCGGAGCUUCAAAAGCACAUCGGCUCCUUGACGGGUCGCUCGACCGUUCCCAACGUUAUCAUAAACGGCGUCUCUAGAGGAGGUUGUGACGACUUUGAAAAGCUGCAGGAAAAAGGUGAGCUGCUGAGCUCGCUCAAAACCUGGUGUGAUAAAGCGCUAACCGUCUCCAAAAAGGAGAAGCCCUCUAACAACUAG